AUGCGCGAGGACGACAAGGGUAGACUCGGCGGUGGCGGCGGCGAUGCGGGCUUAGCCACCGCCGCGGCGCGGGGACAAGUGGAGAUGGUGCGGCAGCUCCUGGAAGCCGGCGCAGAUCCCAACGGAGUCAACCACUUCGGGAGGCGCCCGAUCCAGGUGAUGAUGAUGGGCAGUGCCAGGGUGGCCGAGCUGCUGCUGUGCCACGGCGCUGAGCCCAACUGCGCCGACCCCACCACGCUGGCCCGGCCGGUGCACGACGCGGCCCGGGAGGGCUUCCUGGACACGCUGGUGCUGCUGCAUCGCGCGGGGGCGCAGCUGGAUGUGCGCGACGCCUGGGGCCGCCUGCCCGUGGACCUGGCUGAGGAGCGCGGCCAUUGCGACGUGGCGGGCUACCUGCGCAUGGCUGCCGGGUACUGA